AUGUCGUCGAAUAUUGAAAUUUCCUCAAACACAUCAAAACCUUCUUCUACAUUAACACCUGAUUGUAUUUUAGAAAUAUUACAAUAUCUUGAUGAUGAUAGUUCACUUUUCAGAUAUAUUUUGAUUAAUCGUACUUGGUGUAAUUUAGGGAUUCCUUUUACGGAAAAAAUCGAAGAGGAUUAUGUUGCCGAAACUCAUACUUAUUGUGCAAGGAUGGAAACGAGUUUUGAUUAUGACGAGGAAGAAGAUUAUGAUGAAGCGCAAGACAUUGAUGAUUUAAAUGACAUGAAAUCGUUGAUAAUUUGA